GCAGGCCAGUCAGCCGCGCCCGCUGCACCAGCUGUAGUAGCGCCAGUGCUCCGUCACCUGUUGUUGUGUCACCAUGGCCCGAGUGUCCGCCUGUGCCACGCCCCUCAGACGCCUGCUGCUGGGCCCCCCAGGCACCAGGACCACCGCAGGAGGGAUCAGGGCCCUGGGGACGUCCCUAGUGAGGAAUGAUGAGGCUCCUGCAUACCGCCCCUCCACUGUGGUCGCCCCCAACAUGAUGGACAUCGGGGUCAGGUCAAUAUUCAAUGAAGACCACGACAUCUUCCGAAAGUCAGUCAGAAAGUUCUUCACAGAUGAAGUGCAGAAAUACCAUAACCAGUGGGAGAAGGAUGGGAAUAUCUCCCGGGAGUGCUGGCUGAAGGCGGGGGAGCAAGGACUGCUGGGCACGGACACUCCAGAAGAACAUGGAGGCAUUGGCGGAGACUUCAAGGAUGCAGCAAUCAUCAUGGAAGAACAGUCCUAUGUGAACUGUUCAGGGCCUGGGUUCCCACUGCACUCCCAGAUCGUCAUGCCGUACAUCACCCACUACGGCUCUCCAGAACAGAUUGAGAAGUUUAUCCCUGACAUGACUGCUGGCCGCAAGAUUGGGGCAAUUGCUAUGACAGAGCCAGACGCUGGCAGCGACCUACAGGGGAUCCGCACCAAUGCCCGCCAGGACGGUGAUGACUGGAUCCUCAACGGCUCCAAGAUUUACAUCACCAAUGGCUACAUGAGUGAUGUGGUAAUUGUGGUGGCCAUCACAGACCCCUCAGCCAAGAGCAAAGCCCACGGCAUCUCUCUCUUCCUGGUGGAGGAGGGCAUGCCAGGCUUCAAAAAAGGAUGCAAGCUGGACAAGAUGGGCAUGAAGGCUCAGGACACAGCUGAAUUAUUCUUUGAGGAUGUGCGUCUGCCUCCCUCAGCCCUGCUAGGGAAGCCUAACCAGGGCUUUUACUACCUAAUGAGGGAAUUGCCUCAGGAGCGGCUUCUGAUUGGCAUCAUGUCCUGUGCUAAUUGUGAGUGGCAGCUGGAGGAGACGAGAGACUAUUUGCGUAACAGGAAGGCUUUUGGCAAGACCCUGUCCAACCUACAGACGAUUCGACACAAAAUGGCGGAAUUGAAGACAGAAAUUUGUGUGAGUCGGGCAUUUACUGACCAGUGUAUUGAGGAACACUCAAUGAAAAAGCUGGGAGAUGAGGGUGCAUCCAUGUGCAAAUACUGGUUGUCUGACCUGCAAAACAAGGUAGCAGGCCAUUGUGUGCAGUUGUUUGGUGGUUGUGGCUACAUGACAGAGUACCCCAUCAGCAGGGCCUAUGUGGACGCCAAGGUGCAGACCAUUUAUGGCGGCUCCAAUGAAAUCAUGAAGGAGCUCAUUGCCCGCUGCAUUUUCCGGUAGUGUUUCUGUGACAAUGAUGAUGAGGAUGAUGGAAGGUGAUGGCAAGAGGCAGGCUUUCAGUAUUCAUGUUUUCUCUGUUUACAUUUCUGAUACUUGCUGUUAUUAUACUGUGGCUUAUUUUGCUGUAAUAUUUGCUACGUUCAUUCUUAUACACUGAUGCACUGUAGUCUUUUUUUGCACUCUUGAUUUAUGAUUUACUUCUCCCUGUGUGUAAUAAUUUCAUGACUUUUACCUUGAAGUCCUUCUAUUCUAACUCACAAGUUUUCGUGCUCUUUAUCAUUGAACUUUGUAUUUGGAUCCUUGUUUAAAGUUCCUAUUAUACAAAUUUUCCUUUCUUUUGUUUUUUCUUUUUAUUAUCUUAUGUAUCUAUCUAUCUUGUUUUCAUCCUUUUGUCACCUACCCUACUCUGAUCUUCUCUGCCUGCACUCUUGCUGCUGGAAGUCAUCCCAGGAUCUAAUGGCAACACAUGAUUGACCUGCUUUAGGUGCUGUGCUCUGCAUCAGCAUCUCAAAGGUUAUGCAGUGUGUCAUAAAGCAAUGCAAGUAAUCUAAUAUUGUAUGAGAAAUAUUUUAUUUAAAAUUGUACAGCUGUGUAAAUAUGGGUGAUUUGUAAAAUUCAUUUGGUUGAUUCUCUCCUAGUAAUAGUAUGAAUGCAGUCUGAGAAGUGUUGAUGAUAUAACAUAGUUACAGUGUUUUCUUCACUGGAAAUAUUUUUGUAAUCUAUGAACUUAAGAAAUGUAACAGCACAAUGCAAAUUGAUAUAAAUCUUUCAAAGUAUUUGUUUAGAAUGAUGUUACCAAGAGUUGUGGAAUGCAGAAUUGGUCUCAUUACAGUGAAAGUUAUUUAA